CUUACGUCACCCGCAUUCCCCGAGCCACACCCUGCGAUAAAGAAAAGAACAGAACACAAUCGUAGCGACAAGUUAUUUACAAUUAAGUAAGAAAUAAUAGCGCAGGCAACUGCGGUAUGAACCACAUGGAGACACAAAUGCUUUUCGAUGAGCAAACUUGUUCAGCGCGACCUCGCUUCUGAAGGCUGCAGGAAUCAAUCAAUCAUGUCCGCAACCCGCGAACAUCUCGUCUCGGUGCGGAGGAGGAACGCGGCCGAAAAACAGUGAAUAUCGCGCAGUUUCCGAUGCUGAGGGGGGGAGGGGGGUGUCGUGAGGCAGCGCACAAAAAUGUCAACAGAAACUGGGCGGCUGUGCCGGUGGGCGGAGCUUGUGGGCGGGGCCGGGGGCGGGGCUUACGAAAAGCUCUCGCUCUCAUUAGCAUACAGGUCGGAGUCGUUUGCGGAGCUGCUGUCAUUUCCUCGACAGGUUGGACUGCGGCUGAACAUCAGUCGAAUUUGGAGAAUAUCGAAGUUCCAUUGUGCGUUUACUAAUGUCUUCAAGACCAAAGGACAGUCCGCCCCCUUAUAACCAUGACAAUGAGUACUAUGGCCCGCCAGAGAUAUAUGACGGAGAGCCCCCGCAGCCGGCCUACUCCUACUACCCCGAUGAUGAGUUUCAGCACUUCUACCGCUGGAGUUCUCCGCCGGGCAUCAUUAAGAUAGUCUCUGUCAUCAUCGUCAUUCUUUGCGUGGCCAUCUUUGCUUGUGUGGCAUCCACCUUGGCCUGGGAUACUGACAUGGGUCUCAUGGGUUUUGGGGGGCUUGGGACAGGGUACGGGGGCGCCUCGUAUGGCAGCGGGUACAGCAGCUUCGGGGGUGCAGCCUACGGGCCAGGGAACGCCUAUGGGUACGGCACACUUGGAGGCAACUACAUUGACCCCAGGAAAGGCAAAGGCUUUAUUAUCGCCAUGGGAGGCAUUUGCUUCAUUGCCAUGCUUGUGAUCUUCAUCCUUAUUGUGUCUCGGCAGAACACGGCCAAGACACGGAAGUUCUAUCUGGCAGUCAUCAUUAUCUGUGCUAUCUUGGCCUUCUUCAUGUUCAUAGCCACCAUAGUCUACCUGAUGGCCGUCAAUCCCAUGGCCCAGUCAUCGGGUUCCGUUUUCCAAAACCAGAUCGUUGGCUUGUGUGCACAGUAUCAGAACCCUCAGCCCUCGAGCAUGUUGGUCAACCAGUAUCUCUACCACUACUGUGUGGUGGAGCCACAGGAGGCCAUUGCCAUUGUGUUUGGCUUCUUGGUAACAGCUGGGCUCAUCAUCAUCCUCGUCUUCGCAUUGAAGACCCGUCAGAAGAUCGAGCGGAACGGGAAGGAGCAGAUCCUGUGGUCUAAGGUGAAAGUGAUGGAUGAAGUGGAGGCUCCACAGGAUGUCGAGGAGUGGGUGAACAACGUCUCUGCUGCCCCAGGGCUGCAGCUCAACGAAUACCCCGAGAAGUUCGGAGGCUCCAGGAGCCACUUGGAUGACGUUGACAUGCGGCACUUUUACAGCCCGGAAGCGCCGGAGACGGACGCGCCCCCGCGCGGCGCGGCUCCCGACAGCAGCGGCUCCGAGAUCGCGAGCUCCGUGGCCAAACCCCCGAAGAGGCGCCCGGCCAGACCCCCGCGCGUCGGUGGCUACGAGACGGCGGAGUCCGGCGACGAGCUCGAGGAAGACGACUUCGAGAACGAGUUCCCCCCCAUCCGGGACGAAGAGGAGAGGCAGGACUACAAGCGGGAGUUUGACAGGGAGCACCACGAGUACAAGUCCCUGCAGGCGGAGAUGGACGAGGUGAACGGGAAGCUCUCGGAGUUGGACCGUCGGCUCGACGACCUGGAGGAAGACUCUCCGGAGUUCCUGGACGCCGUGGACGAGUACAACAGGCUCAAGGACGUCAAGAGGUCGGCCGACUACCAGAGUAAGAAGCGGAGAUGUAAAUACCUGAAAGCCAAGCUCUCCCACAUUAAGAAGAUGGUCGGCAACUUUGACCGCAGGGCGUGACCUGUGACCCCUGACGUGAGCCGGAUGACCGUUGACCACCUGAGUGAGUUUAAGUUGGGAAAGCAGCUCUUUGGAAGCCGGGGAUGAAUGUGCCUGGUAAAGGGAGGUUCUUUGCAGAGUUAUUUUUGUACGCUUUAUCUAACGAAGGUCUUGCUUUUUAAUAUUGAAAGAUACGUUAUGUGUGUAUUCUUGCAUAUUGUCUGUUCGAUACGUCUGAAGCGGGUUGCCGAGAGUCCCGUGGCCCCCGUGCGUGCUGAAGCUGAAGCUGAAGCGUGCAGUGGCACUUGAGCAUCUCUGUGAAUGAACCGGCGAACAAAUUGAACCUCCGCCUUUGCGUGCCUAGGAAUGCGGACGGUUUGUCCGUAACUGGUGCGCGUUUUAGUUUUACCGGCGUCUGCCGUGAACGUUCCGUAGAAUUCUCUAAAUUUCAGUUCCUGCUAUAACAUUUCUCUUGGAUUUUUAAGCAGUUAGUAUUGAUAAAAACACAAGUUGGCAAAUAAACCAAUUUGGUUUCUUUAGCAUUUGAGCGUUUGCCCUUGAUUGACCCGAUCUCUAGUAUCUCGAUGUUUUUACCGCUGAGACGACGAGCCCAGCUUGUUCACGCGUCGGUUCCUUGUUAAGUGUCUGGUGUAAUGUAAUAAACAGAUGUAUUGGCCACGAAAACCCUUUUUUUGUCUCCGCUGGUAGAAAUAAACUGUGCCUUUCAAGCAGUG